AAUUUUGAGAACUCAAUAUAAUGUACUCGACAAAACAUAAGAAUUACUCAUUGAUCGCUCAUCAGCAUGAAGAGGGAAAAUUUGAAACGGGAAGACUCAAGAUCGGAGCUAAGAAGUCUUACUCUCCUGAUGGCAAAUCUCCCUUCGUGAACCUUGCAAAAGGGAAUUAUAAAAUUAAUCCAAAAUUGAUGAAAAGAACCAAAUAAAUCCAAGAAACUGAAGAAAAGCACAGAUCAGACUUGUGAGAAGAAGCUGAAGACAGCCCAGAGUAGCCAGAAGAGCGAGUUAAGCACUAGAAGUACUGCAUUCCAAGUUCAAGUGUCUAAGUUUGGCGUUAGUGACCGCUCCUUGACUCAUCGGAACAAAGACAGCAGCAAAGAUCUUACUAACAAGGACUCAUGGAACUAUCUGAAUAAUUUUAAGAAGAACACAAUCGGCUCCUUAUCCAACCCUAAAAUGGACAAAUCGAAGAAAUUAAAAUCAAAGCAAGUAAAAUAUAAUGCUUAUCUGUCAUCUCAGAAUAAGCUAUUGAAGAAGUCAAAGCCAAAUCAGUUACAAGGGGCUUUAAAGAACUACUCUCGCAACAAGAAGUUGAAUCACAAAAAUUCCAAAUCAAAUCCUUCGAAGAAAGAUAAAGGGAAAAAAUCUGUUGAUAUGAGGAAAGCAAGAUCGAAAGAAUCAACCUUUAUUCAAAGCUCAUUGUUUAGAAACAUGUCGCCAGUUAUCAACCGAAAAAUCUUACUUGAUUUACAGAACAUGGCGAGUGAGCUUACGACUGAGAAGUCUAUGAAGAGUCAGAACUUUACUAAGAAUAUUUCUGAGAGUAUUGGGAAUGGAUAUAUGUCUCUAAAUUCGAAUUGUAGGUCGAAUGACAUGCUGACAAAAGAUGAACCUGAGAUAACUCCCUCACCUAAUCACCAGCAUCAAUCAUUUCCUGUUUCUACAAGCCUCUCAGACAUGACUCCACUCCUGAAAGAUUUUGAAGAGAUGAAGUUGAGAGAGGAAGAUCUUAUUCACCAGCUCCAAACUGAGAAGAGCCAGAGGCACGAGCUAGAGCAACAAGUUACAGAACAAAACUCCAAACUCCAAGACAACCAAGGGCUCAUACAAAAGUUGGCUAAUGAAAUAGCUACUCUGAAGGCUUCAAACAAGGACCUAACCACUCAGCUAGAAAGAUACCAAAGCAGGCAAGACCUUGAUAUAACCCAUUUGGAGACUAAAAACAGACUUCUCACCGAAGCUCUUAAUAAGAGAAAUAAGGAUGUGAAGGAGCUGGAGAGCGGUAACGAGGACCUUAUCUCUCUUCUUGAGAAAUGAGACGAUAAGAUCCAAAAACUCCAGGAGAAAUGUAGUGAUUAUGAAUAAGGUUAGUUAAAGACCUCCUUCAUAGCUGAAUUUAUAUAGAAGUAUACCCAAU